CAGUAAAAAUAGUAGGAAUUCCUUCAGGGAUGACCUCUAGAGAACUAAUGAUUAUACUCCAACAAUCAGGAGCUGAAACAUGUUACAUGCCUAUAAACUCUAGAGUAAACAGAAGAGGGUUAGCAUUUACAACCUUCCCAUCAGAAGAACAUGUACAAGAAUUUCUAAAAGGAAGUGUAAUAAUUAGUAGUUAUCACUUAACUCCCUUACCAAAAUUAACAAAAACUUGUCAUAAGAAAUUUACUUUCCAAGGAAACAAAUAUGCAAAUGCCGUCAAACAAAAACAGCCUAUCAGCAUUAAACAACAAGAAAACUAUAGAGAAAUAAAAGAUCCAGUAGAAGAUAAUCAAAUAAAAUCCAUUUUAUCGAACAUUAGCUAA